CUUGAAACAAACAGACUCCAGUUAACAAACAACCUUGACUCUUCAAAACCUUACACUUGCGCCUCACCCAAUCACUUACCCUUUAUCAAAGCUAUCAUCGAUUUUCAUCUCCGGAAUACGUUCCGAAAACCUAACUGAAUCGCGCCAAGACUCCUUCAUCCUGCGCCUCUUAUAAGCUACUAAGCCAAGGCUUGUCCAGACGCGUUGGCUAACGCUGGGCGCUAGUCGCUCUUCCGUAGGACUGAACUCCGUCCAUCAGCUUAGGUGUUUAGGUGGCCCCAGUGCCAGCUCGAUCACGUGACACUAGUCUUUUGGGCUUUUGGCUCAGUUCUUAGUUCUUCCGCAGAUUGCGACGUUGCUCUCCCAGACAAAUCGAGUCUCUUUCGUUGCGCACAGGACAUCAUCGCAAGCCGCGGCUUGUUGCUCAAAGGCAGCUUGGGCUCGGCUCAGCACAGAUCGCGACAUCGAAAAAACCAGAUAAAUCAAUCCUCCUUCUAUUUUUAUAUAACCUUUUCUCCCAUUUCCGCGUCGCUUCUUCGCGCGCCUUGUCGUUCCUCUGCAAACCCCUCCUUCUCUCCACUCCCGACGCGGUCAUACCCAACCGCAUCAAACCGCCACAAUGAGCAAUCGCAAGAGAUCGCGAUCCGUCGGGGAGGAGAAUCGCGCUGAGUGCCCUUUCACGAUUACUUACGCGACUGGCCCUGCGGCUACUCAGGCGGACCGUCAAAAAAACAAGAAGCGGAAGCGCGAUGGCCAAGAUGACGAUAAACGGGUCCAGAUUCAAAUCUCCCCUUUCUCCCCAACGGGCAACUUCAAAACGCACGAGAACAUGGACUUGUACUACACUGUCGAACCAGGAAAACGAUGGCAAGAUAUGACGCGCUACAAUAGCUUCGUCCUCAACAGUGUCAAGUAUUACAGUGAAGGCUUUGUCAAUGUUGCCAACGAGGUAACAAUUGAACAACAAAAAGCUCAAGGUGAUGGCAAGGGUAUUUACAAGAAGAGCAAUAAUGACUGGGUCGCGCGUAUCCUCGAGAUCCGUGCUUCCGAUGAGCACCACGUCUAUGCACGCGUUUAUUGGAUGUACUGGCCGGACGAACUCCCGUAUGGAACACUCGACGGCAAAAAGACUGUUCAAGGCCGCCAGCCGUACCAUGGCAACAAUGAGUUGAUCGCUUCUAAUCAUAUGGACAUUAUCAAUGUUGUUAGUGUUACAGGACCCGUUACCGUCAACCAAUGGAUAGAGUCAGAUGACGAGGAGAUCCAAGACGCGCUUUAUUGGCGUCAAGCGUACGACUGCCGCAACAUGCAACUUUCGUCCGUUGAGCUCAUGUGCAAAUGUCAAACUCCUGCGAACCCUGACAAGACCCUGAUUGGGUGCACGAGCCCGAGUUGCGGGAAGUGGAUGCAUCACGAAUGCAUGGCUCACGAAAUUCUCCUGCAAGUCUACGAGCGACUAGGAACAGAUAAGCCCCAUCGAACCGAGGGAUCGGCCGUCAAGGAAGAGAAGCCCGAGGAGGCGACGCGCCCUCUAUCGCCCACUGACGCUGGGGAGAAAGAGACACAACCUACGAUCGAUGUCCGCUCCGGCGAAACGAGCGAUAACGUCCACGUCAAAAAGACUGCUCGCGAAACACCUCGCGAAACAGAAACCCCUACACCUGGGCCAACGCCGUCCCGGUCUAUCACCACCGCAUCAGCCAAAGGAUCGGCCAAGAAAGGUCGCAAGAAGAAGGCUGCAGACUCCAAGCCAUACCUGGGACUUUUCGAGGCCACACUCAAGAUGCAAGACGGCCCCACAGCGUGGGAGAUUCGUGACCUGCGCGAGAACGUAACGGGUGGUGACAAGACCUGGACCGAGAAAGCUCAUUGUCUGCUGUGUGGUUCCAGCAUUGACUAAGUAUUCAAUAUCAUGACCACGUAGCUACCCCGAGUCUGCUCCGGUAAGCAGGCUCCUUGAGUCUACAAGGUGCAACUCAACAUUGCUUAGGGGGGCCAUACGGUGCCCUAACAUGUUACUGAUGACUUGUGGACAACAUGGAUGGCCCGACCCAGCUGUAAACUCGAUACGGCUCAUCGGGAUGGUCAAUGGUUAAGGUUUCUUUUGUGAAAAUUUCGAGGUGACUUUCUUGGCGAUUCGCCCACUGGUGGACAUCACGGGCGCGGCGUUGGAGGCGAAUAUGGCUAUGCUGUGAGAUUGGAAGAUGGGCUGGUUGGUCUUGGAACUUGCGAGCGGUGAGGAAGAUGCGUUUGUUUUGCUAUUAUCUAUGAGGUUCAAUUAAAUGCCACGCAAAAGAGCAGAGGUAGUAUAGUCUCCUGGGCCGGAUGGGUAAGGGGAGAGCAUGGAAACCUACAGACUGAGAGGGAAACUCGGGAAGUAGGUCGAUUAGCUUAUAUUGGUGCCGAGUUGGGUAGUGGUUAGGGUGCUAGUGGCUACCUGCCUCUGGGCUGUGCUAUAGUGUUAUUUUGUUUUGCUAGGCAUCAUCAAGGGGUUGUUGUUUCUUGAGAGGGUUUUUGUCUCCAUUAAUUGACUUUCUUUCCUUUAA